AAUUUUCAAUAUCUGCUUUAUUUUAAUUUUACACAUUAAGCUUAUUUAUUAGAAUUGUCGGUGACAUAUUUGGCAUACUAUACUUUAAAAGCUGUCAUGUCAUAAUUAUAUUUAUUUUCAUAACGUGCUGGUUUAUGUUGAAUCAGUUGUUUUCAAUCUUGGACCAGAGCAGCGACACAGCUGACCAAAUACUAGUCGUUGCUAGGGCAGCUAGCACGUUAGCAUAUCACGUGAACCUGUUUUUAAUAAUUUUCCCAUUUCAAAUAGUUGUUGUUUUAAUCGGCGAUAAAAGCAUGUAGGGAAUGUGUUUACGCUUUACAGAAAAAUGUUGUUAGCAACGUUAGAUAUUUUUAUCAUACUAUCUCUGGCUGUCUGUUAGCCUUAAGCGAGCUGCUGCUCAGUGUGUUGACAGACUGAUAUUACCAUAGCGAAGUCAUUCGUGAUAUUAGAUAGAUAUAUUUUCCAAAUCCCUUUAAACGUUUGGGAGCAAGUGCAAUAUGGACACAAAUGUUCAGAAGAGGCGAGAAAAUAAGAAGUCGUUACGUGUAAAGGUGAUCAGUUUGGGAAAUGCAGAGGUGGGGAAGAGUUGCAUUAUUAAACGGUACUGUGAAAAGCGAUUUGUUCCCAAGUAUUUGGCCACCAUUGGGAUAGAUUACGGAGUAACCAAGGUUCAGGUUCGGGACAGGGAAAUGAAAGUAAACAUUUUUGAUAUGGCUGGACAUCCAUUCUUCUAUGAGGUUCGCAAUGAGUUCUAUAAGGACUCUCAGGGGGUGAUUUUGGUCUACGAUGUUGGGCUGAGGGAAAGUUUUGACGCCCUAGACAGCUGGCUUACAGAGAUGAAGCAGGAGAUGGGUUCACAAGCCAACAUGGAAAAUAUCAUCUUCGUUGUUUGUGCCAACAAGGUUGACCUGACGAAACGGCGUGUGGUAGAUGAGAGUGAGGGAAGGCUUUGGGCUGAGAGCAGAGGAUUUCAUUACUUUGAAACUUCUGCACAAAGUGGUGAAGGCAUCAAUGAAAUGUUUCAGGCCUUUUUCUCUUCUAUAACUGACAUGUGUGAGAAUGGAGGAAAACGACCCACUCCAGAGGUCAGUGUCGGUUUUACAAAAGAGCAGGCCGACACUAUCCGACGGAUCCGCAACAGCAAAGACAGCUGGGACAUGCUGGGUGUCAAACCAGGGGCAACAAGGGAGGAAGUCAACAAGGCAUACAGAAAGUUGGCUGUACUGUUACAUCCAGACAAGUGCGUGGCUCCUGGCAGCGAGGAUGCAUUUAAAGCAGUGGUUAAUGCUCGCACGUCCCUGCUCAAGAAUAUCAAGUAGGAUACACACGUGCAUCUCCUCUGGUUUCCAAUAAAAACAUCUUCCUUAGUAUAUAUCUGGAAUAUGCCAUACAAAAAGAAGAUCUUCUUUUAUCUACAGUGUGCCACAAGAAUGUUAUCGUAAUGAAUUUUGUUUGUUUGUCUGUCUGUUUUGAUAGUUUGCUGUGGUGUUUUUUUUAUUUAUGUUGUUUAUUUAUGCUUUACUGUAUUAAUGUGCAUUGAAUGCUUCUAUUAGCACAUUUUCAGUACAAAUAACAUUGUAAGACA